AUGGAUGCGGUGGACUCGGCUGUGGAUCCUCUGAGGGAGUUCGCCAAGGACAGCGUCCGGCUCGUCAAGCGUUGCCACAAGCCCGACCGCAAAGGUGAUCGACCUGCGCCAUUGCGCUCUUCCGUUUCGGUUCGAUCUCACGCAUUCCCGAUCGGAUUUCCUAUGUAAAGUCAUAUGAUGGUGUUGAUUUUGAGCCUUCGAGUUUUAUGGAUUCUUUUGUAGAGUUUACGAAGGUGGCCUUCAGGACGGCGAUCGGGUUCGUGGUAAUGGGAUUCGUUGGCUUCUUCGUGAAGCUCAUCUUCAUACCAAUUAACAAUAUCAUCGUCGGCUCAGGCUAG